AUGUGUCAGUGUCAGAACAAUGGGACUUGUGACCACAUCUAUGGGAACUGUACGUGUCCAGCUGGAUUUCACGGGCCCUGCUGUGAAGAAGCGUGCCCAUUUGGUUUUUAUGGUUUACAGUGCCAAGAAGUUUGCCAUUGUGAAAAGCAGUGUUACUGUGACCAUGUUACCGGAAGCUGCAAUGUUACUGAUGCACCUGUAGCAAAAGAACUAUUUAUGAAAGGUUUGCUUAUGCUUAUUGCAAAGAAAGGGGGAGAAAAAAAGCAAAAAUAAAACCUCA